AUGUCGAACACAACAACUAAUACAAAAACUCAAAGUGGGUUUAUGACCACAACGACUCAAACCGGCUUUAUAAGAGCUGUUAAAGAUUGUGCCAGUGGAACUGUGGGUGGUAUUGUUCAAGUGUUUGUAGGACAGCCAUUUGAUACUGUUAAAGUGAGACUUCAAACACAACCAGUACCUAAAGUUGGAGAACAACCAAGGUAUUCUGGAAUGUUAGAUUGUGUUAGGAAAACCAGAAAAUAUGAAGGAUUUUCUGCAUUUUACAAGGGAACCACAACUCCUUUAGUUGGCGUUGGAGCUUGUGUUUCAAUUCAAUUUUUGGUUUUGGAAUUUAUGAAACGUUUUUUUAAUGAAAAAAAUGGAGGAAAAAAUGGACCGGUUGAACAUAUCCGUACUCGUCUCCAAGUUCAAAUUACAUCUUCCCAAGCUCAAAAUGCAGCAAAGCCAACUUAUUCUGGUCCGUUAGAUUGCAUUAAAAAAAUAUAUUCAUCUUAUGGUGUUAAAGGGAUUUAUAAGGGACAGUUUAUCACCAUGUUUCGUGAAUUCCAAGGAUAUGGCCAAUAUUUCUUUAUAUAUGAAUUCUUGAUGCAACGUUCUAUGAUUAAUGAAAAUAAAGCAAGACAUGAAAUACAAAGUUGGAAGUCUUGUUUAUUUGGUGCGAUAGCAGGAUAUGGAAUGUGGGCAAUAAUAUAUCCAGUUGAUCUCAUUAAAAGCAAGUUACAAACUGAUGGUUUUACUCCUCAUACACGUCAAUAUAAUAGUUCGUGGGAUUGUGCAAUGAAAACUUAUGCAAAAGAAGGGAUAAAAGGUUUCUAUCCAGGUUUUAGUGCAUGCAUUUUACGUGCUGGUCCUGUAAAUGCUGCAACCUUUGUAGCCUUUGAAUUAGCCAUGAGACUUUUUGAUAAAUUUUAA